AUGUCAGGCUCUGGGAGAAAAGACUUUGACGUGAAGCACAUCCUGCGACUCCGCUGGAAACUCUUCAGCCAUCCUUCGCCAUCCCAGGGCAGCCCAGCGGGGGGCGGCUGCCUCCAACCGGACGGAAGCGGCGGCUUUGAGCACUGGGGACCCAGCCAGAGUCGCCUGCUCAAAAGCCAAGAGAGAGGCAAUGUGAGCGCUUUUUGGAAGAAACCUUCCUCUUCUUCUUCGUCCUCUUCCUCUUCCUCUUCUUCCUUCAAUCCGCUCAAUGGCACCCUACUACCGGUGGCCACAAGGCUGCAGCAAGGGGCUCCUGGGCAGGGCAGCCAGCAGCCAGCCAGGACCCUGUUCUAUGUGGAGUCCCUAGAGGAGGAAGCGGUGCCAGGCAUGGACUUCCCCGGACCCCACGAGGAAGGGCUGGUCCUGCAAGAGCUCAAAGUGGAGCCAGUCAACUCCAGCCAGGCAACAGGUGAAGGAUGUGGACACAGGUUGUCCGCAAAUAGCCAUUCACUGACUCCUCAAAGUGAUUUGGACUCCAGUAGCUCUGAAGAGUUCUAUCAAGCAGUUCAUCAUGCAGAGCAAACAUUUAGGAAGAUGGAAAGUUACUUGAAGCAGCAACAGCUUUGUGAUGUCAUUCUUAUUGUUGGGAACCGGAAGAUCCCUGCACACAGGCUUGUUCUGAGUUCAGUCUCUGACUAUUUUGCGGCCAUGUUUACAAGUGAUGUUUGUGAGGCCAAACAAGAGGAGAUCAAGAUGGAAGGCAUCGACCCAAACGCUCUCUGGGACCUUGUGCAAUUUGCAUAUACAGGCUGCUUGGAAUUGAAAGAAGACACCAUUGAGAACCUUCUGUCUGCAGCAUGCCUCCUCCAGCUUCCACAAGUUGUGGAGGUGUGCUGUCACUUCCUCAUGAAGCUCCUGCACCCUUCUAACUGCUUAGGAAUUCGAGCAUUUGCAGAUGCUCAAGGAUGCAUUGAGUUGAUGAAGGUGGCUCACAGUUACACAAUGGAAAACAUAAUGGAAGUGAUCAGAAACCAAGAGUUUUUACUCCUUCCUGCUGAAGAGCUCCAUAAACUACUGGCCAGUGAUGAUGUCAAUGUUCCUGAUGAAGAGACCAUCUUCCAUGCUUUGAUGAUGUGGGUCAAGUAUGACACGCAGAGGCGAUGCAACGACCUCAGUAUGCUGCUUGCCUUUAUACGAUUGCCAUUGCUCCCUCCGCAGAUAUUGGCUGACUUAGAAAACCAUGCAUUAUUUAAGAAUGAUCUAGAAUGUCAAAAGCUGAUCUUAGAAGCAAUGAAGUACCAUCUCCUGCCAGAAAGAAGAACUUUAAUGCAAAGUCCAAGAACUAAACCCAGAAAAUCUACAGUGGGCACUCUCUAUGCAGUUGGAGGAAUGGAUAAUAAUAAAGGAGCUACAACCAUAGAGAAAUACGACCUCAGAACAAAUCUGUGGAUUCAGGCAGGGAUGAUGAAUGGCAGGAGGCUACAGUUUGGUGUGGCUGUUAUUGAUGAUAAACUCUUUGUAAUUGGAGGUCGAGAUGGCUUAAAGACAUUAAACACUGUGGAAUGCUACAAUCCCAAAACCAAAACCUGGACUGUUUUACCGCCUAUGUCAACGCACAGACAUGGGCUAGGAGUAACAGUACUGGAAGGACCCAUCUAUGCUGUGGGAGGCCAUGAUGGCUGGAGCUAUCUGAACACAGUGGAGAGAUGGGACCCACAGAGUCAGCAGUGGACCUUUGUAGCGAGUAUGGCCAUUGCUAGGAGCACAGUUGGUGUAGCAGCAUUGAAUGGCAAGUUGUAUUCGGUUGGGGGUCGUGAUGGAAGUUCUUGCUUAAGUUCAAUGGAGUACUAUGAUCCUCAUACAAACAAGUGGAACAUGUGUGCACCCAUGUGCAAGAGGAGAGGGGGUGUUGGAGUGGCCACGUGUGAUGGAUUUCUUUAUGCUGUAGGUGGUCACGAUGCUCCUGCUUCAAAUCACUGCUCCAGGCUCCUAGAUUAUGUAGAAAGGUAUGAUCCCAAAACAGACACAUGGACCAUGGUGGCUCCAUUAAGUAUGCCUAGAGAUGCUGUAGGGGUCUGUCUCCUUGGUGAUAGACUAUAUGCAGUUGGUGGCUAUGAUGGGCAGACAUACCUCAACACUAUGGAAUCCUAUGACCCACAAACGAAUGAGUGGACACAGAUGGCUUCCUUGAAUAUUGGGAGAGCAGGUGCCUGCGUGGUAGUCAUCAAACAACCUUGACUUCUUUUCAUUGUAUUUGGAGGGUGUUUAUUUGUCACAAUAGUUAUUUUUAUACCAUUUGGAGAGAAAUAAGAUGUUUCUGAGAUUAAAACUCUUCAUGAGCAAUGAUUUCUGUGGACUUACCUGCUGAUGUCAAAUGCACUAAUGUAUCAAACAGAAUUAUAGGAAAGGAAAAAAAAGAAACAAUGGAACACAAACAUAUGACCACAUGUUAGUUCAGGAAUGGUUAUUGGUAAUUUGUUCUGUAUUACAUUAUAUAACUAAAGUUACCAAAGGCUUGCGUCUCUUGAGUAUUAGAUUAAAGUGGCCACUGCCUAUCACAUGGACAUAAGGACCACUCAUGAAUACCUUAUGGACUUAGGCAAUAUCCAUCUGACUGCCAAAAGUAGAAGCUAAGAUAUUUCAUCUCGGAG